CCUGAUUCUUAACUUAUUGUAUAUAAGCACAGUUUGACAGUGAAAAGCAAGACAUCUCAGGAAGAAACAGCCUGAAGAGCAGAGAACAGCUUAAGACUCAGCACUAGGACAUCAGCAUCUUUCCGACUCAGAUUAUAAAAACAGCCUCUCUUUCCCAGUGGAGUUUGCACAGCUGCGCUCGAGCCCGAGAAGCAAAUAAAGCUAGAGGCAAAGUCUUUCACACAUCUCCAGCAGACAAGCGGAAGUUUUACUGCAUUUUCAAACAUGAAGGCAGACGCAGCUCAGAUUCAGGCCCUGUACGAGCAGCAGGGGUACAUGACGGCGAUUCCUAUCCUCAGUCCAGAAGAGCUGCAGCAGGCCCGAGACGCCUUCGCCGAGCUGGAGAGGAAACAUGGUGAAGAUUACACCGCUUACAGCCUUCAUAAUAUCCACAAGGAGUUCGACUGGGUGAUGGCCCUCGCCAAGCACCCUAAGCUUCUGGAGGUGGUCACCGCGGCUCUGGGGCCUGACGUCAUCCUCCUCGACUCCAGAUUCAUUUGUAAAUAUCCAGUAUGUAACAAGCCUGCUAAAACCCAACAAAGCAACGGCAUCAUCCAACCGAACGAUACCCGUAAUAAGGAAAAGGACAGCAUGCCGUUUGUGGCCUGGCACCAAGAUAUGAAGUACUGGGGCUUUGAUGGAGGUCCCGUUCUGUCUGUCUGGCUUGCUCUGGAUGACUCACUUGAGGACAACGGAGCACUGCAGGUUAUUCCAGGAACUCACCACUCUGGUCUUCUGCCCCAUCAGCAAGCCAAACGAGCUGGCAACAUGCUGAGCGUCAACCAGGAGAUCCCAGAGGAGCUGGUGGAGACGGAGAAAGCCAUCUUAUGCCCCCUUCAAGCUGGUCAGAUGUCUAUCCAUGAUGGACUUCUGGUUCAUGCCAGCGAUCCCAACACGUCUAAUAGGAGGCGCUGUGGCUAUGUGAUCCGAUAUGUCCCUACAUGUACUUAUCCAAUCCAGGACCCUGAGCGUCCCAGGACUUUUCCUGCCACAGUGCUGGUCAGUGGUGUUGACAAAUACAACCAUUUCUCCUGCAAAACCUCCAAACUGUGACCGGCUUCUACUGAUAUCUUUAUUAAAGACAUGGUUGCUUUGGCUUUAUGAACAACUCUAACAGUGUGUGUGUGUCAAAUGAAACAGUAUUUUAAACUGUUCGAUCUAUUUUUCUGUUACUACUAUGAUAAGUUGAUAAGUUAAUGACCAAUGUAUAAUUUGAAAGUUUAUAUUUAUAUUUAUAUGCCAUAAAUGCAUUUUUCAUUAGAAAAUUUGGGUAUGUAUCUUUCAGGCUUUUCAGAAAAUCAUGUGUUAUGGAAUUUUAAACUUGAUGGUCUUUAUGUGUCCUUUGACUGUUGCUUUCUGAAUAUGGAACUGAUCUGAAAUGCUCAAUAAAAUGUUCA